GGAAUCCCGCCCACCCCAAGCGCUGACCGUUGAGCCGGCUCGCGGACGCAGACGCGCACGCGCCGUUCCCCUCUCUCAAAGCUGUUGAGGACACCCUUUCCCAAAGUCCCAAACCCCACCAGGCGGAUAAGUGACAACCGCGUUCACCAAUAGUCAGCCGCACAAGCCGAGUGGGCGGGACGGUGCCCAAACGCUCCAAGGGAAAGCCACCAAUCAACGCUAGGAAAGGGUGGCAAGCAAGUUCGGUUGCGUCUCGGUCACGUUCAACCAAACUUUUGUUUGAAAGAUCGCGAGUUUUCCUGCCCUGCGGUUCCUGGGUACAAACAAAAAUCUCCCACACUUGAGCUGUUUCACUAUGAGUUACACAGAAAAACCAGAUGAAAUUACUAAAGAUGAAUGGAUGGAAAAACUCAAUAACUUGCACAUCCAAAGAGCUGACAUGAAUCGUCUUAUAAUGAAUUAUCUAGUUACAGAAGGAUUUAAGGAAGCAGCAGAAAAAUUUAGAGUGGAAUCAGGGAUUGAGCCCAGUGUUGACUUGGACACCCUUGAUGAACGUAUUAAAAUUCGUGAGGUGAUACUUAAUGGACAAAUUCAAGAGGCGAUUGCACUAAUCAAUAGUCUGCAUCCAGAGCUUUUGGAUACAAAUCGUUAUCUUUAUUUCCACUUACAGCAACAACAUUUAAUCGAGUUGAUUCGCCAGCGUGAGACAGAGGCAGCUUUGGAGUUUGCCCAGACCCAACUUGCUGAGCAGGGAGAGGAGAGUCGGGAAUGUCUGACUGAGAUGGAACGCACACUUGCUCUACUAGCUUUCGAUAAUCCAGAAGAAUCGCCAUUUGGGGAUCUGCUUAAUAUGAUGCAAAGGCAAAAGGUUUGGAGCGAGGUGAAUCAGGCAAUUUUGGAUUAUGAGAAUCGUGAAUCAACACCUAAGCUAGCCAAACUGCUAAAACUUCUAUUAUGGGCACAGAAUGAGCUGGACCACAAGAAAGUUAAAUAUCCUAAGAUGACAGACCUCAGUAAGGGAACAAUUGAUGAACCCAAGUAAAGACUAUAUGAUGGGACUGAACAGGAUUAUGAAGCAUCUUGCUGUACGUUUACUGGUUACAGUAUAUGAGACAGGACUAUAAUUUCACUAAUAAAUGACAGAACAUGUGAAUAUGACUUUAUGGUUAAGAAUGAUCAGAUUUAAGGCUGGGAUGAAGUCCAAAGCAUCACCAACACAUUACAUCGGAAUGCCACCAAAUGGCUGCUGAAGGGUCAAGAGAGUGCAAGAUUCACCCCAGUCCUAAAUUCAUUUUUAUGGUAAUUUAUAACUUUACCAACUUCACGCGUUGGACUGAAAAUACUGAGUAUUUACAUUUGGCUGCUGUAUAGGAUUUCUAUUUGUAGUUUCUUUGCUUCAUAUGCCAACAGUUCUUAAGUGUAUGUUUAUAUAUUUUCAAACCAAAUUUUCUAAGUAUCUGCCUGUUCUCGAUUCAAUAUCCAUACUACAUCUGAAACUAACCUCAUAAUUUAUUUCUUACGAAAUAUCCUCAGCAACGUUAUUCUUAAUAUAGUAUCUUCUAUUAAAAUUAUUUGGAGCCAGUUGUGGAUGUAACAUGGAUACUAAGAAUGUAAUUAGCAUAAACUAACAAUUCAGUUUACAUUUUCUCAGUCCCAUUAAAAUUUUUCCACUGUUCAGGAAGAAGUUCAAAUACUUGUUAACUUUCAUUAAGUAGCCUUGCUAUCAAACUAAAAUUCACUAGCAUGUAAGUCAUAUUAUUUAAUCUCAAGGUUUUGUAUAUUUUGUAGCAAUGAGUCAUUUCAAUAAGUUGUUUGUAUAUAAUGCAAUUCCUUGCAGAAAUAAGUAGUUUAUUGAUUUCCCAAUACACAAGUGCUUUACACUUUGAAAUUCAUCCGUAGUGCUUUUAAACCCUUCUUUGUGUGUGCAUUACGUGUCUUGAGCUUAUUGAUAUGUUCUGUUUUUUAAAAAAACUAAGAUGUUAAUUUAUCAUUGCAUAUAUUGGUGAAUACUUUGAGAGUGUACAAUGGAAAGUCAUUGACAACUAUUUUAAUUAGUUUUAUAGCUGAGGAAUGCAGAUUCUGUGUGUUAGGUACUUUUCAGACAAAAUAGUUGAUGGUACUUAUUUAAUUAGAAGAAAGAUUAGAAGAUGAUUAGAAGUUUAGAAGAAAGAUUCCAGAUGCCAUCAUCUGUAUUGUAAAUAUUCCCUAGAUUGACUUUAAACAUGUAACUGAAGAAUGAUGAGAUCAGUUUUGUAGAAAUAGAUGCAAAUAUUCAUUAUUAACAAAAAGCCAAAAGAACUGUGGAUGUUGGAAAACAGAAACAGAAACAAAAACAGAAAUUCUGUGUUUGUUGCAAAUGUUCACGUCUUCUCCCUAACCCCAUCACCUACUACUCUUGUUUUUAAAAUUUGCUCAUGAUCAAUUUAAUAUUUCAGGGGCUUAUAACAGGGAAGCUUAACACAACUUUGAGAAUGCUUUGUAUCUUGGAAAAAUCUUGAUAAAACCUGUUUUAAAUUUUUAAGGUUCUGUAAGGAAGUCAUUGAAGUUGAUUUUCUGAAAAAUGAUCCCCAUCUGAUUUAGUUUUAAUACUUUUCUCAGCAAACAUACAUUAUCUUCUCAGUCUAAAAUUUGUGUCAUUAACCUAUUUCAGUCACCCAAAAUGGACAUCUAAGAGAUAAACCAUUGUAUAGGUGGUUUGACCAUACAUCCAGUUAUGCUAUCUUUGUAGUAAUGCUGUCUUGUCCCUCAAUUCAUCUAAUAGAUACAAAGGUCUUUUUAGUGAAUUCAACGGUGCCAUGUUAAUUUUUUUUAGCUUCUUAAAAAAAAAAAGAGCAUGUUCUCAGAGAUUAAAGGUUUGAAAAACCAUAACCUUAACUAAUUAACAACUUAUCUCUACAAAUGGUAAGGUCUUCUAAUAGUUUGCAUAUUAAAGUAACUACUGUACAGUUAAAUAAAAGUAGAAGAUGUUGAUUAAAUGUUAAAAAUACAAAAAAAGUGAAAGCCCGUAAUUAGUAAUUUAUCCUUUGUAAAAACUAUUUGAAUGAAUAAUGGAAGAAUUCAAAAAUCUGGUUUCAAGACAACUCUUGUUUAAAAUGCUGUUAUGCAAUGCAUUAUCUUGUGCAGUGAAUGGACUGGAGGAUAUUUAUUUUUGUCUGAGUACAUGGCAGAAUGCUGAAGAAUGCACGAGAAGGAUAAUUAUGGUCCAUUGACCAAAAUAUAGUUGACAAGUCUCUUUAUGUUCCCCUAUCUGCAGCCAAAAGUAAUGUGUCUAGUUUCUUGAAUUUGCUAGAACUUGUCUCUACUGUCUUUCUAGGAAGCUUUUCUACGUGUUGAUUGAUCUUAGCACAAGAAUCAUUAUAACCCUGUUCAUAAAUCAUUAAAUCAUUAACAUGUUUUUCUCCCUAC